AGAAGGAAGGGAAUUGUUUGUAAAGAAUGGCAGGGAAAGAAGAGAAGCGAAUAUUUGUCGGAGGAUUAUCAUGGGAUGUCACCGAACGACAGCUUGAGCAUGCGUUUAGUCAGUUCGGGAAAAUUCUUGAAUCUCAGGGAGUGUUUUUGGUCAGGGUGACUGCAUCAAGUUGUUGAAGUGCAAAGUAAAGCUAUUUAUAAUGCUCAAGCACAAAGUAUUUGUUUAAUUAAGAUGUUUGCUUCAUGGAAGGGAGAUGAAGUUUAAAUUGAUUGUUUUAAAUUGUGUUAUGGAGAAACGGUUUUGUUGGGAUAAAAGGAUCCUUGCAAGCAGGAACAAGCCUUGAGUUUUUUGCUUUAUCUGUGAAUUUUACUUUUGAAGAGCCCGAAAUGACCAUUGAGACUGUCUAAAGAAAUAUGCAUUGCUUUUUAAGUGGCUGUUUGUGGUAAGCAUCGCAGUGAAGCUUUUGUGGAGUUCGUUCCGAAAAUUAUAUGGCAAGACCAUAGUUUUUCUUUUUCAUGGACGACAAAUGAGUCAUCAAUUUGUGUCUAUUUUCCUUCUAAGAGGAUCAGAGUUUUUUCAAGAUAUCUUUUCCUUUUCUAGGGUGUAUGAAAGCAUUUAUAGACCUUUUUUACUUGUGGAGCCUUGUGUUGCUGUAGAAUUCUCUGUGCCUGGCCUUUUCUUUUGUUGUUGUGGAGUCUACGACUUUUGUCUCUACUCAUUAGCACCGGUUUUCUUGGCCACUAUGUUCGAAAUGAUGGCAAAGAGCAGCUGUAUGUACUCCGGCAUGAUUAUGUAGUUUUCCUUGGGGCAGAGUUAGUUCUUUUGGAUGGGAUUGAUAUCAUCUCGGCUUAUGUGGUUAGACUGUGGCUUAAGAUACCUUUUUUUGGCCUUAUUUUGAGAUUCUUUUUGUUGAUUUCCUUUUUCCUGUUACCUAACAUUCUAAACUAGUUUAAAACCUAAUGUCUGAUCAAUCUGAAGACUUGAUCCAUGGAUAUUUGUAUAGCAAGUUCAAAUCUCAGUCUUUCAAUUUUGUACCACCGUUCAGCCAAUCAGUUUAGCAAGCCCCAAUUUGUUAUCCAAAAUUGUUCGUUUCCCGGGACUGCAUCUGUAUGGUAGAUAAUAUAUCAAGCACUCUCUAUAGCAGUUAGUUUUGGAAGCUUACAGCAUUGUAGUGACUGUGAUAUCUCCCUCAGACUUUAUAGUGAGAGCCUUUUCAAAUUUAUCCAGUUGUGUUGACCAAGAAUGCUGAAACUGUAAGAUAUUGGACUCCCUAUUUGUGGCAGUUGGCUGAACCCGCUUUUGAAUCUCUCCUCGCUAACUGAUUGCACAUGGACAUGAGAAGUACAGUAUUCAGCAUAUAAAGCUUGAUGAUGUCUGCUUCUCAUGUUAUUUAUAGCUUGCAGACAAACUGAUUGAUAUGGAAAAUGUUUUUGGCUUGGUAAGGAUUGAUAUUAGCCCAACGUAGAACCAGUGUCUAUUGUUUGUUAACACUGACUGGUGGAAAUGUAACAAUAAAGAGGAAGAGAAACAGAAAUCAGAAAGAAUUCAUUUGUUUGACCAUAUGGAGAUUUUGAUAAGUUCUGCAUAAACCGGUUUCUGUGGGAAAUGAGAUAAGGUCAGAGUUUUAUUUACCAGAUCAGAAAAGGGAAAAUUUUUCGGUAUCUUCUGUUCUGUUUUAAGAAUCUUUGCAAUAUCAUAUCAAUGCAUAACCAACUAUAACAAGGAGAAAAUCAUGGUGGAGAGAGAUACAGGGCGAUCUCGUGGAUUUGGAUUUAUUACAUUCGCAGAUCGCCGGUCCAUGGAUGAAGCUAUCAGGGAGAUGCAUGGGCGAGAGUUAGGGGAGCGCACUAUCUCGGUGAACAAGGCUCAACCCAAGAUGGGUGAUGAUCUUGAUCAUGGCUAUAGAGGAGGUUACCCAACGAGUGUCAGGGGUCGCUAUGCAGGUGGAGACAGGCCUGUUGCACAAGAUGAAUGCUUCAAAUGUGGGCGCUUUGGGCACUGGGCUCGUGAUUGCCCUUCAGCUGGUGGUGGCCGAGGUGUGAGUGGCGGCAUGUUUUCUUCACGUUCAAGAUAUGGUGGAGCAGAUGACCGUGGUGAUCGGUACAUUGAUGACCGUUAUGACGGUGGACAAUUUGGAGAUAGGGACCGUUUUGACAGCAGAGAUCGUUUCAUUAGCGACAGGUAUCCGCCUAGUGGAGAUCGAUUUGCUGAUCGCUAUGGUGGUUCAGAUCGUUUCCCUCAAAAUGGCUACGGCAAAGAGAGGGGGUUUCGAGAUGUUGCUCCAAGAGGCAACGAUAGGUAUGGAAGCGGAGGGCCAGCACGGAAUGAUGGAAGAGGCUACCGUAACAGGGCUGGCCCUUACGAUCGUCCAGGCAUGGGAGGUCGCCCGUCUUCCUUUGACCGCUAUUAAGCGAUGUCGUUAUGAUAUGUCAAGUUUUAGGCGAGAGCAGUAUUGAUGCAUAGGUACUUGUUAUCUAAUCAGUGGAAUCAGGUAGAAUUCUGGAAUUUCUAUGAAUGGUAGGAUUUGACUAAGUUUAAUUAAAUUAGAGAAUCCGUUCCUUUUGUC